AUGUUCAAAUUCGAGCUGGGCGACGAGGCCGCGGCGGCGCCGGCGGCGUCAGCGACGGGCAACGUGCGCGUCUACGAAGACGCGACGUCCCCCGCGGAGGUUCGGCGCCGCGCGGCCGAGCGACGCUGGCGCGUCCACUCGUCGAAAGCAGCGGCGGACGACCGGGCCAUCAAGGUCCAGCUGGGGAACGUCGAGGAUAAGCUGGAGCUGCCGGGGCAGUGGAGCCAGGCGAUCUAUGACGUGGUAGGCGAGGACUAUGACUCCCAGGAAGCGUUGGGGCGCAAAGCUUCCCAGGCGAUCUUGCGCUUGGCAUCGCGCGCCUCUCGCCACGAGUUCCCGUUUGGGAUGGGCGUUUUAGCGCAGCUGUGUGCUUGCACCAACGGUGCGUUCGCAGCCAUCUUCCCGGGGGGCCCUUGUCCCGCGGCGCUUCCGGUUCUGAGCAUCAACCAGCCACAGACUCGGAAGAGUUCGGGGCACCGUGCUGGCAUGGCAAUUGGCCGCCAGAUCGACGAGAACGUCGUUGACAAGGCUAAGCGUUUGGCGCGUGAUUUGGCGGCCGAGCACUUGGACCAGCAGGGCGUUGAAGCGGCAGCCCGCGCUGUCUGGGUGGAGUCAUCGAUUAUGACGUCAUUUCACGGAGGCGACUUGGACCGAGUGAAACCCAACGAGCUACAUGACCUUUCUGGACGCGUGUAUUUCCGCACGCUCGUGAACUUGGAUGAGGCGUACCGGUUCCUGAAGAUGGUGCCGUCAGGCUUCAAGAGGUGGAAGUGGCCGAAGCUUCUGAAGGGCGUCGUGGGGCUCCUCGGCUUGCCAGAGGCAGCGGCCGACUACGAGGAAGCGCGGCGCGAGAUGCAGCCCGUCGCCGCCCGCGCGACCCAGGAGGAUUCGGGCCCGGAGGAGGAUGGCCCCGGCGAGUUCCUGCCCAAUCGCCGCGGGUACGCGCUUCGGUUCCGCGUGGUCGGCGGCGAACUUGUGCCUGAAAUUCGCGCCGCCAACCGGGGCGUUCCGAUCGAGAACGGGCUCGACAUCAAAUCCAUGGCAGACUGCGUGCUGAGCCAUUUCCUGGAGAGCCACAAGGUCAUUGACUGGACGGAAGAUGCGCGCCUGGCGUUCACGGGCCUCCAGACGGUGCUGGACGCGCAGGCGAUGCGGCUUUGUUCGGCGGAGGCCUCAGAGGCCAUCGGUCAGCCUGGCGCGGGCCCCUGGGCCCGCGGGAUCUCCGACUGGUCGGCGCCCGAUGCGGGCCCUUAG